AUGUUUUUCUCUGGUGGGCAGUGUGGCCAUGUUGGCAGACCUGAAGAACUUUUACUGAUGUUGAAGGUAGCCCUUGUCAUCAUUUUUCUUCAUGUCACUCUGGUUACAUCCUUGGAAGAACAUGCUUACAAUUCCAGUUUGCUGUCACCAUCUGCUGAAUCAUCGCUCGUUGAUUUUGUCUCCUACUCCAAUGAGGUUGAAACUACAAGCCUAAAUGAUGCUACUUCAAGCGUGUUAUCUACUUUGAACAAAACAGAAAAAACUAAAAUCACUAUAGUAAAAACCUUCAAUGCAUCAGGUAUCAAACCCCAGAGAAAUAUCUGCAAUUUGUCAUCUAUUUGCAAUGACUCAGCCUUUUUUAGAGGUGAGAUCAUGUUUCAAUAUGAUGAAGAAAGCAAUAUUACCCAGAAUCAAGUUAUGGCUAAUGGCACGUUAACUGGAAUCCUGUCUCUAAGGGAAUUGAAACGAUCAGAACUCAACAAAACUCUUCAAACCUUAAGUGAGACUUAUUUUAUAGAGUGUGCUACAGCAGAGUCCCAAAGCACAGUGAAUUGUACAUUCACCAUAAAAUUGAAUAAGACAAUGAACAUAUGUACUGUGAUGGUUGCUUUCCAAACAGUAAAGAUUCGACCAAUGGAACAGUGCUGCUGUUCUGCCAGGACCCCCUGCCCUUCCUCCCUGGAGGAGGUAAAGAAACUGCAGUGUGACCUGCAAGAUCCUGUUGUGUGUCUCGCUCGUCAUCCACACGGCCCACCAUUCUCUUCUUCCAACAAUGCCAUCCCAGUUGUUCCUCAGGCCACCAUUGUGUCCCAGAUCUCUAGUGCCUUCUCUUUUGCUGAGCCUCUAGCUCAUCCACUUGUAACCCAGAGCCCUCACUCUCCAACAGGGAUGAUUCCCCUACCUUCUCCCCAGCCUUCAGCUCCCAUCAUUUCCAGCCCAGCCAUUGAUAUGCCCCUGCCAUCUGGAACUGUCUCUUCCCCUAAGCCUCCACCUGAUCUUCCCCUCACCCUGCCCCCUGGGAAGUCCUCAGCCCCCUCUCCCACCACGUCUGCCUCUGUGAACGUCGACACGACUGGCAUACCUCCUGACAAGACAGAAAUUAUUCACACCAGCAGCAUCAGUGUUUCUGAUCUUGAAAACCAAGUGUCCCGGAUGGAGUGGGCUCUGUCCUUAGGCAGCUUGGAGCCUAACCUCGCAGGACAAAUGAUAAACCAAGUCAGCCAACUCCUUCAUUCUCCGCCCACCUUGCUGGCCCCUUUGGCCCAAAGAUUGCUAAAAGUAGUGGAUGACAUUGGCUUACAGCUGAAUUUUUCAACCAAGACCAUAAGUCUGACCUCCCCUUCUUUGGCUCUGGCUGUGAUCAGAGUGAAUGCCAGUAAUUUUGACACAACUACUUUCGCUGCCCAAGACCCUGCAAAUCUUCAGGUUUCUCUGGAAGCUGAGCCUCCUGAGAACAGUAUUGGCGUUAUUACUUUGCCUUCAUCAUUGAUGAGUCAUUUACCAGCUGAUGCUGUGGAGCUGGCUUCCAGGGUGCAGUUCAACUUUUUUGAAACUCCUGCCCUGUUUCAGGACCCUGCCUUGGAGAACCUCUCUCUGAUCAGCUAUGUCAUUUCCUCAAGCGUUGCGAACCUGACAGUCAAGAACUUGACAAGAAACGUGACAGUUACCUUAAAGCAUAUCGACCCAAGCCAGGAUGACUUAACAGUGAGAUGUGUAUUUUGGGACUUGGGCAGAAAUGGUGGCAGAGGAGGCUGGUCAUCUGAUGGGUGCUCUGUCAAAGACAGGAGGCUGAAUGAGACCACCUGUACCUGCAGCCACCUUACAAGCUUCGGCGUUCUGCUGGACUUGUCUCGAACAUCCUUACCACCAGCUCAGAUGAUGGCCCUAACAUUUAUUACCUAUAUUGGUUGUGGGCUUUCAUCAAUUUUUCUGUCAGUUACUCUUGUAACCUACAUAGCCUUUGAAAAGAUCCGGAGGGAUUACCCUUCCAAAAUCCUCAUCCAGCUGUGUGCAGCCCUGCUCCUGCUGAACCUGGUGUUCCUCUUGGACUCGUGGAUUGCUCUGUAUGACAUAAGAGGCCUCUGCAUCUCAGUGGCUGUAUUUCUGCAUUAUUUUCUCUUGGUCUCAUUCACAUGGAUGGGCUUGGAAGCAUUCCAUAUGUACCUGGCCCUUGUCAAAGUGUUUAAUACUUACAUCCGAAAAUACAUCCUUAAAUUCUGCAUUUUUGGUUGGGGCAUCCCAGCUGUGGUUGUGGCCAUCGUCCUGAUUAUAUCUCCAGAUAACUAUGGGCUUGGAUCCUAUGGGAAAUUCCCCAACGGGUCACCUGAUGACUUUUGCUGGAUCAACAGCAAUGCUGUAUUCUAUAUCACGGUUGUGGGGUAUUUCUGUGUGAUAUUUUUGCUGAACAUCAGCAUGUUCAUUGUGGUCCUGGUUCAGCUUUGUCGAAUUAAAAGGAAGAAGCAACUGGGAGCCCAGAGAAAAACCAGUAUUCAAGACCUCAGGAGCGUCGCUGGCCUUACGUUUUUACUAGGAAUUACUUGGGGCUUCGCCUUCUUUGCCUGGGGACCAGUUAAUGUCAUCUUCAUGUAUCUCUUUGCCAUCUUCAAUACCUUACAAGGAUUUUUCAUAUUCGUCUUUUACUGUGUAGCAAAAGAGAAUGUCAGAAAGCAGUGGAGGCGAUAUCUGUGUUGUGGAAAGUUACGACUGGCUGAAAAUUCUGACUGGAGUAAGACUGCUACUAAUGGUUUAAAGAAGCAGACUGUAAACCAAGGUGUCUCCAGCUCUUCAAAUUCCUUACAGUCAAACAGUAACUCCACCCACUCCACCACACUGCUAGUGAGUAAUGAUUGCUCAGGACUCGCCAGCGGGAACGGGAAUACUUCUACAGAGAAGAAUGGUGUUUCUUUCAGUGUUCAGAAUGGAGAUGUGUGCCUCCAUGAUUUCACUGGAAAACAGCAUAUAUUUAAUGAGAAAGAAGAUUCCUGCAGUGGUAAAAACCGUAUCGCUCUAAGAAGGACUUCAAAGCGGGGAAGCUUACACUUUAUUGAGCAAAUGUGA